CCACGCCCAAGGAAAAGACAGGAGCGCAGUCGUCCCUCCUCAGGCGAGCGGGUAGAGGAGCAUUUCUCGCUGCGUUAUCUCGGGAAAAGGCGGCGGGAUGCAGUGCAUACGAAAACAGGCGAGUCGGAGCAAGUCCGAGGAAUUACUGCACCAAGCUCAGAGCAAGAAGGUGGCGAGUCUGAACUCGAAGCUGCUGGGCAUGGAGGAUGAUCCAGAUCUUCAGUUUCUGCUGAGCGGCACAGAGCUCACCAAAGUGCGCUCCGGCUCGUGGAAGAAGACACGCUUCUAUAAGCUGCAGGAAGACUGCAAAACCAUGUGGCACGAGUCCAAGAAGACCCUGCGCUCCAGACAAACCUUUUCUGUUGAUGAUAUCGAGGCAAUACGGUCUGGCCGAAAAACGGAGGGUCUCAAGAAGUACACAGACGAGACGCAGGAGCUGCGGGCCUUCUCCAUUCUGUUCAAAGGUCGCCGUAAAAACUUGGACCUGGUCGCCAGCUCAGAGGAAGAGGCCAAGCACUGGGUAUCUGGCCUGGAGAAAAUAAUUUCAAAUGUGAGCAACCUCUGCCAGCAACUGAAAACUGAACACUGGAUAUUCAACUGUUUGCGAAAUGCCGAUAUAAACUGUGACAACAAGAUGAGUCCAGAAGAGCUGAAGAGUUUUCUGCAUGACAUCAAUAUAGACGUUGAAGAUAAUUACGUCAAGAUGCUGUUUGAGAAAUGUGACAAGGCUAAUUCUGGCUAUUUGGAGGGAGAGGAAAUUAAGCUUUUCUAUGAGAUCCUGACCCAGAGGGAAGAGAUUGAUGUGAUUUAUGGAGAGUACGCAAAAACAGAUGGACUGUUGAGUGCUACUAACCUGCUGGAGUUCCUGGUUAAGGAACAGAGAGAGCAGGUGGAUCUGGCUUAUGCUGUUCAGCUCAUCGAGAAAUAUGAAGUAGAUAAGACAGCCAAAGCAAAGCAGAUGAUGACUAAGGACGGGUUUCUGAUGUACCUGCGCCAGCCCAAGGGUCUGAUAAUGAACCCCGCCCAUAAGAGUGUGUAUCAGGACAUGAAACAGCCCUUAAACCACUACUUCAUCUCCUCCUCUCAUAACACGUACCUAAUGGAAGACCAGCUCAAGGGCCCCAGCAGCACUGAGGCCUACAUACGAGCCCUGAUGAAGAGCUGUCGUUGUGUGGAGUUGGACAUCUAUGAUGGUUCUGAUGGAGAGCCAGUCAUAUACCACGGCUACACACUCACCUCCAAGAUCCUCUUCAAAGAUGCCAUCAGUGCCAUCAAGGAGUACGCCUUUAAGACUUCAGAGUAUCCAGUGAUUCUAUCUUUGGAAAACCACUGCAGUGUGGAGCAACAGAAGCUGAUGGCCCACCACUUGACCUCCAUUCUGGGUAGUGCUCUGCUAACAAAACCCCUGGGAGAAAGCAUGCCUUCAGAGUUCCCGUCCCCAGAGGACCUGAAAGGCCGAAUUCUAAUCAAAGGCAAACGACUGAACAAACUAGAGGCCUCGUUCUAUGACCAGUCUGCUGAAGAGGAGGAAGAGUCAGUAACUGAGGAAGAGGACUGUUGUGAUGAAGAAGAGGAGAGAGAAAAGCCUCAGGAACCAAAGAAGCUGAAGCUAGCCAAAGAGCUCUCGGACAUCGUCAUCUACUGCAAGAGCGUCGGGUUUCAUGGGUUUGAGCACGCCAGAAACAGCCAGGCCUUUUACGAGAUGUCCUCUUUUAAAGAGGGCGAUGCAAUGAAGCUUGCUGAGAAGUCUGCAAAUGAGUGCAUCCGCCAUAAUGUGGACAAGCUGAGCAGAGUUUACCCAUCACCAUUGAGGACGGAUUCCUCCAAUUUUGACCCAAUGCCUCUGUGGAACGCAGGCUGCCAGAUUGUGGCGCUCAACUUCCAGACACCAGGCAGAGAUAUGGAUCUGAAUCAGGGCCUGUUUCGCCAGAAUGGACUGUGCGGUUAUGUUCUAAAGCCAGCCUACCUCAGAGACAGAGGGUCAGAGUUCGACCCCAUUACUCUGACCAGAGGACCGUGGCUCAAGCAAAAGGAUUUUCAUGUGAUGGUGAUCUCAGCACAGCAGUUACCCAAAGUGAGUCAGAAAGCAUACUCUAUCGUGGAUCCUCUGGUGCGAGUGGAGAUCCAUGGAGUGCCAGCAGAUAUAGCCCAGAAAGAAACACGACACAUUCAAAACAAUGGCUUCAAUCCAAUGUGGAACGAGAAUUUCCAGUUCGACCUGUACGUGCCUGAUCUUGCGCUGGUACGCUUUGUUGUGGAGGACUAUGACUCUGUGUCCAACAACGAUUUCAUUGGCCAGUGCACAGUCCCUUUCACCAGCCUACAGAACGGAUACCGGCACGUGCCUCUGUUCAACAAGAACGGGGACCUUCUUUCUUCAGCUGCCCUGUUCGUUCAUCUCAUGGCUGCAGAUGCAGAGUAAUCAGGCCUUGAGAGCAUUCCUGGAGAAGCCUUGUUCUGGUUCUGGUCCAGUCCACAGUCCUUUUUUCUACAGAGACACUCGAUCAAAGGGACUUAAAAAUGCUAAUUACAGGGGCCAGCAGUGUCGGAGGUGGAACAUGACAAAAACAUGGACUGGUGGGGAGGGGCGGUCUGCCAGGACCGUACUGGAGACACCUGUCCCAAACUUACACUGGGUAUAAUAAUAAUGUUUGAUACAUGGACAUUCCAGGGCAUUAAACCACCUCCCACCAUCACUCACAAAUCAAUAAGCUAAUACACUGGUUUAAGUGUCUGUUGUAAACAUCAGUGCACCACUAAAAACACAAGGACUCAUUCUCUGAAUAAUACAUAAGUUAAAAAUGUAACAUACAGAUCUGGAAAAAAUGAAGAGACCACUUCAGUUUCUGAAUCAGUUUACCUGCUUUUGCUAUUUAUAGUUAUAUGUUUGACUAAAAUAAAAAUUGUUGUUUUAUUCUAUAAACCACAGACAAACUUUAUCCCAAAUUCCAAAUUCAAAUAUUGUCAUUUAGAGCAUUUAUUUGCAGAAAAUAAGAAAUGGCUGAAAAACAAAACCAUGCAGAGAUUUCGGACCUCAAAUAAUGCAAAGAAAACAAAUUCAUAUUCAUAGUUUUAAGAGUUCAGAAAUUAAUAUUUGGUGGCAUGUUCUCCUCCACCAGUCUUACACACUGCUUUUAGAUAACUAAUGAUGCAGAAAUUCAAGCAGUUCAGCUUGGUUUGAGGGCUUGUGUUCAUCCAUCUUCCUCUUGAUUAUAUUCCAGAGUAUUUCAAUUUGGUAAAAUCAAAGAAACGUAUCGUUUUUUAAGUGGUCUCAUUUUUUUUUCAGAGCUGUAUAUAUGCUUUUAAUUGCCAAUGGUGAUGAUUUUAUAUCUACUUGCAAAGACUCUUGGCUAUGUUUUCCAUUUUCCAAAAUGAGCAUAGUCUAUGAAUUAUGACCUCAACCAUGCAGAACUUUCUCCAGAUUCAUUCUAAUGGAUGUUUUUUGUACCACACAUUGUCCUAAAUUGUGUGUAUGUGGAGACAUCUACAGUGCCUAUAAAAAAAAGUCAAACAGAACAACAGUGAGAGUUGGUUAUGAGAUUUAAAGAGAAAAUUAUGUUGGGGCCUAAUGUGAUAAAAUUAUUUUUUUGAAUUUGUGUGUUAACAUGUUAACACUGACAGCACUAAAAUAAACUAAUGGUAAUUGAACAACAAAACGUAAAAUAAGUUAUAUGCAUAAAUAUUCAACAGAGGUGCUGGUAAUCUCACAGUAAGUGAAAUUCUGAUCAGUAUCAUAGUGCAGUAUUGUGUCUCACAUGAUUAUAAUAUAGAUAAUCACUGUUUAAACAGUAUUACUGGCUACAAAUAUAGAUCAGACAUGAAGAAAAAGGAAUGCUCCAUGUAACUCCUAGAAAAGGGUGUUAAAGAGUAUCAGUCAAGGGACGGACACAGAGAAUAUUCCCAAUCACUGAAUAUUCCCUGGAUGAUAUCUAUUAUUAAUAAAUGAAAGGAAUAUGAGAGCAGGCCCUCCUCACAAACGAAAUACUUUUUAUAGGCACUGUGUAUCACACUCCUCAAUGAAAAUAAUUAAAACAUACCAUAGAUGUGCUGUGAUGUACAUAAAAUUAUGUAUUUAAAUAAUGUUGUUUUGAUAUAAGUUUUUCUUUGGAGCAAAAAAUAAAUGGACCAGUGUUUGAA